UCCCUUCAUCCAUUCUAGCCCGUCGUAGGGUUCUGGGAUUGUGUGAAGUCUUUUCCAGCUUCAUGCGCUUCCGCUUCUCCUCUCCCUUAUUGAGCGAGCUCAUACGCAGCCAGACGCCAUGGCAGGCGGGCAAGAGCAGCAACGCAACCUUAUACCGCACCUUCGGACCAUACUCAGCAAUCUCACUGCGUCGCCGUAUCCCGAACUGCCGAAUCCUGAAGGACUGAAGAAGCGAGCUUCAGUGGCCUUGAUUCUACGCGUCAACCCAUCAUAUUCACACUGGCCCGAAGCACAACAGGACAAGCCACGAGACGUAGAUACAUACUUUGACCAAGAGUGGGUGAGGCAUGGCGAGCCAGAGGUGCUGUUCAUCAAGAGAGCUUCACGAAAAGGAGAUCGAUGGACAUCACACAUUGCUUUGCCAGGCGGGAAGAGAGAUCCGACAGACAAGGACGACCAAUUCGCUGCCGUUAGAGAGUCAUGGGAGGAAGUGGGAGUAGACUUGGACAAAUACGCAAUACCAUGUGGUAACCUCCCUCAACGAUUGGUGACGACUCAUUGGGGAAAGAAACCACUUCUGGUGCUCUGCCCAUACGUUUUCAUUGUCACGACACAUGAGCUGCCACCAUUGAAAUUGCAACCUUCCGAGGUUGCUUCCACACAUUGGGUACCGCUUCGAAGCUUGCUCUCACCCCAACAACGGACCAUUGCCUACGAAGACGUGUCCUCUCGCAUUGCCAACCAGGAAACCGGAGCGAAGAAGUGGAUGCUAAGCACAAUCCUAGGCAAGAUGAUCUUCGCCGCCAUCGCAUUAGAACCGACAGAAAGCCUCCACAGUGUAGAAACACCAGCCGACAAUCCACUCCAGGAUAACCGCCACGCACAGCUGACCCGCGUGGAGAAGCUGAAGAACGUAGCCAGUCAAAUUUGGAGAGCAGACAUCUUCAAUCAAUAUCCACCACCACGAAAAGAAGGCCCUCUUCUACUCUGGGGUCUCACCUUGGGUGUCAUCUCAGACUUCCUCGACCUCGUCCCUCCCCACGAUGCCCUCAAUCUAUGGACAUACCCGACCUUCACACCUCUCGAUGUCCGCUUCACAAUCUGGCUCAUGACAUACCGCUUCAAGAAUCGCAAGCGAGCCGAACUGCAAUCCGGCGCCGAAUUCCGCGAGAGUCGACCAUCGUUUGGGGGCGCAUCAGAAAGUGUCAUCGAUCUCAACUCCUCGACCGUAAUAGUCGACCGACCGGAUGAAGCAGGAUUUGCUGGAAUAGGCACCGGUCUGAGUGCGGGAGGCUUGCCGGGCAACAAAGCUGCUGUUUCAACAAUGCUAGAAGGGUUUGUCGAACCUCUUGCGCGGCUCGUAUUACCGGACAUCGCUGACCGCGGUAGGUACUACGAUAUUGUUCGGAAAGCGAUUGCGGUGGCACUGGUCGGGAGGGCGAGUGUGCUGGUUGUACUCGCUGCGAUUGUGUAUAGGAGGUAUUGGAGGAGCAUGACCUGCACGCCUAUCCAACAUGUCUUGUAA